AGAUGGGGUGGGGAUCAUUUGUGGACUUGGUGAAUAACAAUAUAUUAUUAUUAUAUAUUAGUAUCUUUAUUCUACUACAAGAAUCUCCCUCCUCCUUUGUGGCGCACUCUUGUUGACGCUCUGAUGCCGACAGUUUGAAAACACACACACCCACAGAACCAACAGAACAACAUCCGGCCUCGUACUCUCCGCCAGGAGUGUGAGUGUGUGUCCUAAAUCCUGCUGCCAUGAGUUUAUUGUGUGUAUGCCCACUUUUUGGAUACCCACAGAAAAAAAAAAAGAAAGAGAGAGAGCGAAAGAGAGAGUGAACGAGAGCUCCAUUCCAUCUCCGAGCUGCGAAUGCCUGCUUGUCCAAAGCUUGUAUCUUUACAAGCACAAGGUGAAGCGCACACACACACAGAUCCCAGCACAGUCGGCUCACAAUCUAGAGCUUCCCCAGCUCCCACACACCCACACUUACACAGAAUAGAGCACUGGGUACCUAAGCUGUGGUCUUCUAAUCGCUGCGUGAAUAAGAGGAUGAGAGUACCGCCGCAGGCCUUCAUUGAUAGCAGAUGUGCAGCAGCAGCAGAGAGAGAGAGAGAGAGAGAGAGAGAGAGGGCUUGGGGCAAGACAAGACAAGACGACGAGAUCAUUCAAGUGAUUAGGCAAUCAAGUGAAAUCCAGCUCCACAUCCUGGUUUCGCAUGUGCGGAUGCGAUGCGCAACGCCAGGGGCUUACAUGUCAUCUCCUCUUCAAUCCCAAGUUUUAACUUCGAGAUGGACUACAAAAUAAAAGCAGAAUUGCAAUAUAGCAAAAAUAAAAAUUAAUAAAAUUUGUGUAAACAGUUGGGGCUUGUUCACUGAGAGACGACGACGACGAGGAGGGAGGUGGAGGAGAAAAUGAGAUGGUGGUGAUGGAUUAAUUCCACAGGUGUUUGAUGUUCCGUUGCUAGGAAGGGCUGCUGUUGAGGUUGUUGUUGUUAUUGUUGUUGUAUAUUCCAAAGGGUCAUGUCCGUUGGAGAAGACCAGAAGGCUGGCGUUGGAGCUCUCAGGUGUUGAGACUGCCUUGCCUACUCCGCUGCUCUCUCUAGGGCUCACAAGAUGCUUCCUCUUGGGAGCUUCAGGUCGUUGGAGGUGGAGAGCUUAGUGUUACAGUUUCGAGAUUGUUUAGCAGCGAUGAUGACCAUGACUGAGCUUUUCUACGGUCCAGUUGAGCCCACUUGGAUCGUGCACCCGCAUUACCCUGGGUUCAAGCGAUCGAAUGGCUACUCCAACAACUACGAUCCCUACACUAUUUACUCCGACCAUGCCUACACGUACAGACGCAACCCUUACACGCAACGCAACGCAGUGCCUUCCGCCUCAGCAGCUCAAGAAGGCGCCGCUCUGAGGCCAGGCCAGGGGGUGAUGCACCCAUAUCAGACACAGUAUCUUGCCCACGGCACGAAUGCAGCCAACGGAGCUAACUUCUCACCCAUGUCCCCAGCUCCUGACACCAAUCUAGGUGGUGAAUCCCAGAACCAGAAUCUAUCGCAGACGCGCAAUGUUUUCGGUGUCCAGACUCUACAUUUCAUGAUGCCGUUGUGCUGCUGCAAGUGUGAGGACAGAGUGAGGGAGCAGCUUCUGGAUCUCGAUGAUGUGCAACGAGUCGCUUGUGACCAAUGGAACCAGAAGGUAACCGUCACCAGCGGCUUAGCCCCGGAGAAAUUGCUCAUGCGUCUUCAGAAGAUCAAGAAGCGAACCACAUUCUGGCCCCAGCAAUCGUCUGAUAGAGCUAAGGUCUUCAAUGGCAACCAGCAGAACCAGAAGCUCAGCAACAACGAGAAUCACGUCAGUAACAAUGACAAGCAUGGCGAUAACGUUAAUGGGAACAUCUCCUCGCCGAUGUAGGUCUCAAUUUUGGCUUGCAGAGUUGCGCUUAGCCAGCUCCUGUACGUACUAAUGCUUUCCACAUGUUCGCAUGCGCUUCCGAAUGUUUCGAAUCCCGAAGAAGGGCACAUAGAAGAUGAGGUUUCCCUGUUCUUAUAUUUCUUUGUACAGUAGGUAGGAGAUAAGUGAGGGGUUUGAUUUCAGUCUUGAGUAAUCAUUUCAGCACUGCCUGAGUGCCUUGGUUCUGGAGAAAAUGUGUGGACAAUUGGGUGUCAUAACAUUUGAACACCAGCUUGAGUCCUCUGCGGCACAAUGAGCGCCAUGCAGAUUGUGAGAGUGGAGAAACACUUGUCCAUCAUACCAGUGUCAAAUUUUUAUGUACACUUAAACACUAUGGUGCUCUUUCCUUGAGCAGCUUUAACAUUUUCAUGUAACUUUGUU